AUGAAUAAAGUAAAAAUUGUUUCUGCUCUGUUCUGUUGGUUUAACAUCAACCACUUUUUGCAUCAACAACAAAAUGAAUUUGAAAAACUUCAACUUUUUCCUGCUUACUCAACACAAAUUCCAUUAUCAAAUUCUUCCGUUCUAAGGAUGAAGAUUAACUUUCGCUCGAGAUUCCGAGACAACAAGCCGAAACGAGAAAUGGAGAAAAAACAGAUAUUUAUGUAA